UGAUUUAGAACGCACUCUAAAUUGCGACGUACUUCAUUCAAGUCACUAGUGUCAAUAAAAUGUCAACGUCAUGAUUUGCAGCAUUGGACACAAAACAACAGUGACUCAGUGACCAACCUUUUUUCAAAUUUCUCUUAUUAAAAAUAGAAACUACAAUCCCAAUUUCCAUUGUUCCAAGUUAAUUAGUGAAUAAAAGCCUUCUAGAAUGGAUAGACUAUUAAGAUUGGGCGGCGGUAUGCCGGGAUUGAGCCAGGCACCCCCUCCGAAUGAUGCCCCUGUGGUAGACACAGCAGAACAAGUUUACAUUUCCUCGUUGGCCCUUUUAAAAAUGCUCAAACACGGUCGAGCAGGUGUGCCUAUGGAAGUUAUGGGUCUCAUGCUGGGCGAAUUUGUAGAUGACUACACUGUAAGGGUUAUAGAUGUGUUUGCUAUGCCCCAAACCGGUACCGGUGUCAGUGUAGAAGCCGUAGAUCCAGUAUUUCAAGCAAAAAUGUUGGACAUGCUGCGCCAAACUGGAAGGCCUGAAAUGGUGGUGGGCUGGUACCACUCGCAUCCCGGUUUUGGUUGUUGGCUUUCAGGAGUCGACAUCAACACUCAACAGUCUUUUGAGGCUUUGUCUGAAAGAGCUGUUGCUGUUGUAGUCGAUCCCAUUCAGUCUGUUAAAGGGAAAGUUGUUAUUGAUGCUUUCAGGUUGAUUAACCCAAAUAUGAUGGUUUUGGGCCAAGAACCUCGCCAAACGACCUCCAAUUUGGGACACCUUCAAAAACCUUCAGUGCAAGCUCUCAUUCACGGCCUGAACAGGCAUUACUACUCGAUUAGCAUAAACUACAGGAAAAACGAGCUGGAACAAAAAAUGCUGCUCAAUUUGCACAAAAAAUCUUGGAUGGACGGCCUCAUGUUGGCUGACUAUUCAGAAAACUGUAGUACCAAUGAAAAAACUGUUGCUGAAAUGUUGGAAUUAGCCAAGAAUUAUAACAAAGCUCUUGAAGAUGAAGAGAAAAUGACUCCGGAACAGUUGGCCAUCAAAAAUGUGGGCAAACAAGAUCCAAAGAGGCAUUUGGAAGAAAAAGUCGAUGUGCUGAUGACCAACAAUAUUGUACAGUGUUUGGGUGCUAUGCUAGAUACUGUGGUCUUUAAAUAACAAUCUAAAAUAUAAUAUAACAAUUAUCCUUUAAUGUAUUUUUAAAAUAUUGUAAUUUUAAGUUUUGUCUUCUUUGGAAUAACUACUGAUUUUCUUAUAUUGCUUUUUUAAUUUCAGCCUAUAGGACUGUUGCCAGGUCAAAAAAAUUGAAUUCACCAGAAAUUGGAAUGAAAAAUCACCAGAUUUAAAUUUAAAAAAAAAUCACCAGAAAUCUUGAAAGUUGAUUUUUCAGGAAUAUUCUCGCCUUACGGGCUUAUAUCAAAUCAAGUAGGCUUUGGAAACAUGUAUGUAUUGCAAUAUCGGUAUUACAGGGCGCCAUUUUGAAAUUUUGCAAAGCCUACUUGGUCCCUUGUCAAACAGUGUUGCCAACUACAACUUAUAAAAAAUAUCGUGUCAAUCAUUGAGGCUCGAAUUUAUAAAAAAAAGCCCAAGUAGGCCUCGCAAAUUUCAAAUUUUCCAUAACAGUAAUUAUAUAAACAUCGGCAACACUGUUGGGCAAAAUGUCAAAUAUCAUUUAUGACAAGCGAUAAGAUUACUACUUAUCAAAAACUAAGUGAACCUUGAAGCAAUCCUGGGCUGGGAUCAUGGUAAGUAGAAUUCUAUUUUCAUGACGUCACCCGCGACCUAUUUAUCGCGUAUACUACAGGCGAUGAUCACUGUUGCUAGGCAACCUGACGUCAUGAAAGUAGAAUUCUACUUGUUGCGAUCCCAGCUCAGGUUUUAAUCGAUGUCGGUAAUACAGAUAACUGUAAGCAAAAAAUUUAUCAAAUCAAGUAGGUCUUGGAAACAACCCAACCAUUUUAAAUUAACUGUCAAAAACUACAAGACCUACUUUGAAACGUUAAAUUGCGCUAGGGUUACUACAUUUUUAGACUAGGGUUGCUACGUUUUAAAUUUUUCUUCCAAAACCUAAUAAUUUUGUAAAAUUUAACAAAUCCUUAGCAAUUUCAGAAAAAAUGUAUUUCUAUCUCUUUUUUAUACAAACUAGUAAAAAAAGUCACGAAUACACUCAGUGCAUACUAAUGUCGUCGAAAAUAAUGCAAAUUGAAUAAACAAUUUAGCAAAAAUAAAGCUUCAAAAGACAUAAUUUUAAUUUAAAAAAAAGUUUGACAGCAACACUUCGCAGGCCCAUAGGGUCGGGGUCUUUUCAAUUUACGAGCCCGAAGGGCCGGAGUCUACUUAGGUUAUGAGCCCAGAGGGCCGGGGUCUUUUUAAAUUACGAGUCCGUAGGGGCGAGGGUUUUUAUGUGUGGUCACCUUCAUCGUGUGUACCUGGUUUUUCAGUCUCAAUUUUUAGAUAUUUGAGUUUGACAGUUUGAUUAUUAAAUGACAUUAUUGUGGCCCCAGGUGAACGAGUGUUCCGCUGCUCCCCUGUUCCAAGAAUAAGGACCUGGAUUGUAUGAUAGAAGUCGGAUCCCUGGCUUUACGGGGGUGACAUGGGGGGUUUGUAGCUUUGGGGGUUGAUGGAGAGAAACUCGCUCAAGUUGUAUAAAAAUAAAAUAUAGAUAUAUAUUUUCCCAAAUAUGCCCUUAAUUAUACAUGUACGCUAAUCCUAUAAGAUGCAUGACCCUUCGAACACUGGGGCCAUUAUAGGGAGCCACACGUCAACGCUGCUUGGGGGACUGUCGAGUAAUUAUCGUCACCCUUAUGUCUUGUCCAGCGGGGCUUUCCCAACGAGAGGUAAUUGCACUGGACAACGAUAAGGCUGAAGAUACCCAGAGGGGCUUUCAUCCCAACGAGAGGUACUUGCAAUGGGGAGACUUAAUUCCAGAGGGGCUUUCCCAACGAGAGGUAGUUGCACUGGUUUAAGUCUGCCUUUGCUCCGGCUUGCAGCGCAAUUUGUAUCCGUUUAUUGUUGAAUUGCAAUAAACAUCCGAUCGAAUCGGCAAUUAAAUUAAUAAGGUCGAAUACCGGGUCCUCCUUUCCUAAGCAGCUAGUUGACAUAUCGCAUCAUCACCCCCGUAAAGCGGGCAGUUGUGACAUAUUUGGUGGAGGCGCCGUCUCGAAACCGACGCCGUAACGCGCCUUUGAAGCAAGGCAACGCCCAAAAACGUCACCAGGCGGUACGUCGACAAGAAAAAUUCACGACAGCGUGGCGAAGGUGAAGAAAAGAUUCGUAGAUUUAAAAACUAGUGCCAAUAGAAGAAUAAAUUGUGACCGUCGCCAAAGUGGCUGAGACUUAAACCAGUGCAAUUACCUCUCGUUGGGAAAGCCCCUCUGGAAUUGAGUCUCCCCAGUGCAAGUGCCUCUCGUUAAAAAAGCCCCUCUGGGUAUCUUCAGCCUUAUCCUAUAAGAUGUGCUAGUCCUAUAAAAUGCAUGACCCUUCGAACACUGGGGUCCUUAUAGGGAUUCACACGUCAACGCUACUUGGGGGACUGUCGUUUAGUUAUCGUCACCCUUAUGCCUAGUCCAGAGGGGCUUUCCCAACGGGAGGUAAUUGCACUGGACAACGAUAAGGCUGAGGCUGAAGAUACCCAGAGGGGCUUUCACUGGUUUAAGUCUCAGUGUAUUACUUGGACUUCUCUUCGACUGGAACUUGCCAAUAUCCGGAAAACAUAUCGAGUGUGCUAAACCAUUUUGCAUUGCCCAAGUAUGACAAAAUGUCAUCGAUCUGCGGUAGUGGGUAUGUUGAUUUUUUUGUUACCUACUGUGUUAACCUUUCUGUAAUCUACACAAAAUCUUGUUUUUCCAUAUUUUUUCUUAACUAGCACUACAGGGCUAGCCCAUGGAAAGUGGCAAGGCCGAAUUACUUUGCUAUCGAGCAUUUCCUGGAUUUGUUCGUCAAUAAUCUGUCUUUCUUUUUGUGACACUCUGUAUGGGCGGCUCUUUAUUGGGCGAGCCUCUCCGACGUCUAUUAUGUGUUCUGUUAAGUUUGUCUUUCCCAUAUGUUUUGUAGAUUUCGCGAAAACGUCGUUGUAGUCCAGAAGGAGUUCUUUAAGUUCAUGCCUGUUUUUCUCGUUUGUGAUGCUGUCUAACUUAUGAUCUUCCAUUGUUAUUUCUUCGUUCUCUUCAUCUUUUUCUGCUUGCAACAUGAAAUUGUGUGAAAAAUUUGUCUCUGAUGCUGUUUCUGCCAAAAAUGCCAUUGUGGUUCCGACGUAUAUGGCUACUGGGUUCCUUGUGUUUGAUUGUACUUUUAAAUUGAGGCUACCUUCAUUGGUGUGAAUGUGCGUUUUUAGUUCAAGAUGAUUUUUUGCUAACCAGUCUAAAUUAUAUUUGCAUAUAUACAUAGUAUUAUCUUUAAUCCCACUAGGUUUGCCCAUAAUAUCUAAUUCCAAUCUCAUUCUGAGACACCGUAUAAUUUUUCUUUGUACCCAAUUUAUAUGUCUUUUUCUUAGUUUCUGUACCGAUUUGCAUCAGAUGCCUGAUUUCUUCUUCUUGCUUUUCUUCUUUAACUUUAUACCCAGGUUUUUCCCUAUAAAUGUGAAUUUGGACCCCUGCAUCGUCAAAUAGAAAAUAUAUCAUCUGAUUAAAUCUUGCCCAUUUUUUUUCUAAUCCCCAUCCUUGUCUUGGGAUGACAAAUUUUUUGAUGGAUUAUGGAUUUAUUUUUUGAGAUAUUGUUCCUCAGUACUGUUAUAGCAAAACGCCCCAAGUACUCUAUGUAAUUAGUUAGAUGGUAAAUGGCGAGCGGUAUAUUGAUGGUGUUUAUUUACUUGGAGCUGCUACCUAAAUCUGUGGAAGGGUCUAUUUGCAAGAGAGAGAAACAAACUAUUGAGGUGUAUUAAAUUAUAUUUUAUUAUACGUAAAACCAAAAAUCUAAAUCAGCAAAAUAUCUUCCAAUUCUGACAGCCUCAUCUAUUUCUAUAAAUUCAAUUACUUCACAUCCGUUCUAACAUUGUUAUUAUUACGGACCACUGAAAUAUCCCUACUAAAUAAGAAACGCCCUAUUUCUACUAUUCCUAAUAACUUAUAAGUUAACUCAUUUCAACACUUCCGAUUCAUUCCUAUUAACUACCCUUCACCUAUUUCUCUAAAUUCUUUAAAAUUUCUAAGUCCUUUACUGACUGCUUAUGAAAACCCAAAAUAAUUAUCUAUUUGUUUCUCAAUAUAGGUAUUACUAACUUAUUCUUAUAAAACCUUACAAUAAUUUCUACUUGAAAAAUAAAAAUCCUAAUUGAAAAUUCAUUUCAUGAACAACAAUUUUCCAAUAUUUUAAGACAAUUCUAUUUCAUGAACAUCAAGUUGCUUUUCAAAAUUUCCUAUUGCAGUUAAUAGUUUAUCAGAACAAAUUCUAUUUUCGGAUUCCUAUGCCUAGCUAAUAAACCCAACUGUUUAAUUCAUAAUCCCUACUCAAAAUAGUCAAAAUUGUAUAUUGGUAAGUGCAUUAUAAAUUCCCUUCAUAUUUUUGGUGCAAAAUUAAAUUAGAAUGUCAUUAUAUCUGAAGGCAAUUAAAGUUAUGCAAUAAUGUUCCAUUUUCCAUUUUCAUUAGGCAUUAAAAGUCAUUAUUAAUUCACUUCUUAUCAUUCAGAAUCAGUGAUAAAAGUCAGAAAAUUAUUAAACACUAAAGUACUUACAUUUUACUUUGCACACGUAAAAUUACUUAAUUAAAUACUCAAAAUUUUUAGCUAGCACGCACAUAAAUGUUGAUGAAUUUAAUUAUUUUUUCUUUUAAAAUUUUUCCGCUACUUUUUCAAAGACUGUUACCGAGGCAAUACAAGAAACUUUCCGGACUGACACUUUAGGUACUGUAGAUUUUAACUCAAACUAACAACUAACAAUUGCCUCCCACUUCUAAAACCGCGGUAUUUAUAUUUUUUGAUUCCCCUCCGAAAUUUCUGUGUCCAUGACAAUUAAGAUGAUGCAAUUUCCUUGAAAUUUUUGUCAUUUUAUUAGUUUAAAUCGAAUAAUUAUGUCGCAAUAUCCUGAUUUAUCGGGGUCAAAUACAUCUUGGUUCAAGAAUGCCAUAAAUCAUUCGAUUUAGAUUUAAUUACCCUGGCCUCAUUUUUAUUAUUUUUAAGAAUUAAAUUUAGAUGAUGACAUAAGGCUUGGUAUCGAAUUACGUUAGCGUUAAUUUGUUUCAUUUUAAUUUAUCGAUACUGAUUUAGUGAUACCGGAAAUUCAGUUUUUGAUUUAUUUGAUAUUAUUUAAUUUUUACAAUAAAGACAUUGUGAUUUAUGGGUCUAUUUUCUCAGAAUAUUACACUGUAAGAUAUUUAUACAUGUUUCUUGGACUUGGCUUCUUCUUCAUUGAUUCUCUUGUGAAUAGAAAAAUGACUGAUUUUUUUCCUUGUUUUGACAUAGAUAGCUCCCCAAUGGUCCCUUUCUCUCUGUUUUUGGAAUCAUAUACUUAUUUUUUCUGAAAACUGAUUUUUUUGAUUUGUAGUUUUGUGUUACUCCACUCCUACUACUAAAACGGUGUCUUCGUUAGGACGUUUAUGUUUCAGGAGACCGUUAACCUGGUCAUCUUUUAUGUAAAUGUGCUCUCUUACAAACUUGUUCAUGUCUUGAAGUAUCUAGUCUAAGCUCUCUCGUUUUAGUCGGCUGUUAUGUUGUGACCAGACCUGACAUGUUGUUUUUUUCGUUAUUUAUUUGUCUUAGGGGUAUUUCAUGCUGACCAUUCAGAAUCAGUUUUUUCCGUAGGAGAUCUAUGAUCGCGUUAUUUUUUGUCAAAAACUCCAUGCCUAGGAUUACUGGUUGAGUUAAUGAUGAAAUCACUUUGGCGUUUAGUCUUCCCUUCCAUUUUUGGCUCCCUGGUAUUUCUAUUGGAACGUCAAUAUGUCUCCCAAAACUUUUAUCUGGUGUCCUCCUGCAGUGACUAGAACCGUGUCAUCAUUUCUUGUUAGUUCCUCUUUGAUUAGACUUCUUUGUAGAACGCUAUCUUGUGCUCCUGUAUCCACGAUUGCUGACAUGUACUUUUUAUUUAAUCUAAUUGUGAUGUGCUAGAUUCCUAUGUUAUUGUUCUUCCCCAGGGUAAGGAUGGCAGGGGCUUUCAAUUUUGCCAUCCCUUCUCGUUUGGAUUUUGUUGUCGGGUUGUACAGGUGUUAGCAUAGUGACCCUGUUUUCCACAAACUAAGCAACCAGGAUUGUUUUUGUUGUUUCGUGGCGUAUACGAUUUGUUCCUUUGAGGCUGGCUUCUGCAUACUGUUGCAGUAUGUCCUGUUUUCCUACAGUUGUAACAAACGGUGGCAAUUUUUGAGUUGGAGUUAUGAUUUCUCAUCUUUUGGCUCCUACAUACAACUGCGAAAUGUCCUGUUUUUCCACAAUUAUAACAUGUUUGGCUAGAUUUUGGUACUCUUGUGCUUGUGUGUUCUCCUUGCAUUCGAAUCCUGCAGGUGGCCAUUACAUGUCCUCUUUUUCCACAAUAAUGACAUAUCUUUAGUUCUGUGUCUGUUAUUGUAUUUCUUUCCAUACAGCUGAUAAUUUGGGUAUCUUGCGUUGCACCUUUCUUCGGAGCUUUGUCUAUCGUGUCUGCUAUUUCUUUUAAUUGUAUAAGUGAUGUUGGUGGCUUGUUCGGCGGGUUUGUUAACCAGCAGUAAUUGUAAUGAUUUGCCUCCGUCAAUCCUUCGCUUUAAUCGUUACAAAUUCUUAUAUAUCAAAUGUAUGUGUGUAAUUGUGGUAUAAUACUUGUAAAUCGUACAAGUAUUCCUUGACUAACUCAUCUUGACCUUGUUUUCUGUUUUCGACGUUUUGAGUGCCCGUUGGUAAUCUGUAUCCUCAAAUUCCUUUGAAAAAUCUUUGACAAUGUCUUUCCAGCUGUUGUUUUGGAGGUCGCGCUUAUAUUCCUGAAACCACAGGUUUGCGGUUCCGUCUAAAUAUGUUUCAAAAUAAAUAAUUUUCAGAUUUUCGUCCCAUCUAUUUGCUAUCGCUGAUCUAUCAUAUGUUCUUAGGAACUCGAUCGCGCUGGUUUUACACGGCUGGAAGGUUUGAGGGCUGAUAAACUGAGGCAACUUUGCCUGUUUCUCCGCUGUCAUAGCGUCAGUUAUUGUAGUGUUCGCCAUUAUAUCCAAUUGUUCUACUUCCUCUUCUGAUGGUUGCCUGGGUUUUGGUGCCUCUUGAAGGGUAAGGUCUGGUGGGCUACCAAAAACACUGUCUUCUUCGUAGCCUGCUUGAUUAUUUGCUUGGUUUUCUAUCUCACUGGUAAUCUGCUCUAAACUGAUACUGGGCGACUCUGGUGGUGAUCUUUGCAGUGAUCUUCUCAGCAGAAAGAGCGCGUUUUCUGAUUCUGUGUUCCUAGGGGGUGUUCUAAAUAAUUCUACUGGUGUCGUUGCUGCUGCGUUAUUUGGCCUCAAAUUGUAUUUGGGUUUAUCUGGCAUCUAUUCUUGCCACGAUGGCGACGGUAAGCCGGUCAAAAUUUAUUAUUCUAUUGGUACUAGUUUUUAAAUCUACUAGUUUAUGCUUACACAGCAGGUACAACGCAGGUUAUUUAAUAAACACUAUAUUACUUUUAAAUGAACUUUAUUAUUUUAUUCUGGUUUAUUUAUUAUCAAUCCAGCACCCUCCAGCCUGUGUGUGUUGGAGUGCGUCCUGCUCGGCAUCAGCUGUCUUGUGUCAGUGACGUAACCACUGAUGAUCCCACAUUCAAAACACACAGGACCAGCUUUAUGUUACAUCUCCCUUUUUAUAGAAAUGUUUUAAUUCAACACAAGAAAAAUAAAUACAUUGAAUUCUACUGAUAAAUUUUUAAAUAAUAACAAAAAACAACUAAUUUCUAAACAUAGAAGCUUUUCAAAUACAAUUAAUUUCUAAACCUAGAAGGUUUUAUGAUACAACGUCCUGAUCUGGUUUUAUAGUCACUAUCGGGAAGAGAAUUUACUUCAGUCUCACUAAAUCUUGAUUUGGUUUUAUAGUCACUAUCGGGAAGAGAAUUUACUGCCGUCUCACUAAAUCGCUCACAAUUUUCACGCCCAAUUGACUCACGAACUUCACUAUCUGACAUUACCGGAUUACCAACGGAGAACUCACAACCAGUUCCAUCAUCAUUAAAAGAAUUAUUAACUGACUUAUGACUAAGUUUUACAUGAUUGGGAUUUGCUUUUAUAAAUGAUGAGUUUCUUCUAAUGACCUGGUCCAAAUCCUCUCCAACCCAAUAUGACCUUGGAGCUUCAUGCUUUUUAAUGACUUUCCCUGGAACCCAAUGCCUAUCUUUUUUAAUCAUGAUAUCUUCUCCCUCAGAAAACGAUGCUCUUUCAUGAGCUUGUCUAUCAUAAUAGGAUUUUGCUUUAAGACGUUUUUCUCUAAUCUUGUCAAGAUCAAUUACUGGUGUUUCAGUUAAAAGUUUGUUAGAAAUAGGCAAACUUGUUCUUAAUAUCCUUUUGUUAAGAAGCUCAGAAGGAGAGACAUUUAGACCAGUCAAUGGAGAAGUUCUAUAUUCUAAAAGGGCUUUAUACAAAUCAUUUUCAGAAUCAUUGCAUUUUCUCAAAAUGCCUUUACAAAUGCCAACAGAUCUUUCACUCAAUCCAUUCGAUUUUGGAUAUCUUGGGCUAGAUGUACUUAACUUUAUGUCCCAACUUUUAGCAAAAUUCUUAAAAAUCUUACUGUUAAAAGGUUGAUUAUCAGAUAUAAAGUUUGAUGGUAUGCCAUGAGUCGAAAAAAUCACUUUAAGUUUGCUGAUAACCUCUUCUGCAGUUUUAUUUUGUAAGGGAACCAACUCUAUCCAAUUACUGAAAUAAUCAAUUAAAGUUAAGUAAUCUAUACCAGCAUAGGUUAAUAUAUCUGCGGCCACCUUCUGAAACGGAAUAUUUGUUCUUUCAUGUUGAAUCAUUGGCUCUUUGGGAACAUUACGACUAAACUUUAAACAUGUUUUACACUUUGACACAAAAUCCUGUACAUCCUGAGACAUUCCGGGCCAAUAGAAUAUCUUUCUAGCUCUAGCUUUGGACUUUUCGAUGCCAAAAUGUCCAACAUGCAACUUAUUUAACAUUAUCAGUCUUAAUGACUUUGGAACUACAAGCUUAAAAUUAUGAAAUAACAGCUCAUUAUACACGUGUAAAUCAGUUUUACAUUUAAAGAAAACUUUAAUUUCAGGAUUCACAAUAUGUUUUUUAUCAGGCCAAAAAGUUUGACAAAAUUCUAUAACUUGCUUUAAGACAAAAUCUUUUUUAGUAGCAGUUCGUAAUUCUUUUAACCUUUCUUCUGAAAUAGGAAUAUCAAAUUCAAAAUCAUGAACUAUUUCUUUCAUCUCAUUGUCAUCUUUAACUGGCACUUUGAGAUAUGACCUGGACAAAAGAUCUGCAAUGUACAUAUAUUUACCAGGUAAGUAUUGAACAUCAAUGUUGUAUUUAAGCAUUUUAAGUUUUAAUCUUUGCAGCCUAGAAGUUACUUUACAAAUAUCUUUUUUAUGAAUAGACACCAGCGGUUUAUGAUCUGUUUUCACAACCACCUUACGACCAUAAACAAAAUGAUGAAAUUUCUGCAGACCAAAUGAAAUUGCAAGAUACUCUUUCUCAAUCUGAGCCCACCUCGACUCAGUAUCUGUCAUGCUACGAGAGCAAAAUGCAACUGGCCGACCUUGCUGCAUUAGGCAACCCCCUAUUCCACUUUGACUAGCAUCAGUUUGCAUUUCUAUAGGUAAUUUUGGGUCAAAUAUUUUAAGUACCGGGAUUUCUGACACAACACUUUUUAUUUUUUUAAAUGACUCUUGGUGAUCCUUUGUCCAUUGCCACUCUACAUUUUUUUUUAUUAAAUUUCGCAAAGGUGAUAAAAUUUCAGAAAGUUUGGGCAUAUAUUUUGAUAAAUAAUUGAACAUUCCAAGAACCCGCAACAAUUCUUUCCUAUUUGUGGGCUCUUCAAGCAACAGUACUGCUUUAACAUACUCAGAAUCAGGUUUAACACCGUCAGCUGAGAAUAUUUGACCAACAUAACUGAUUUCAUGAACUUUGUAUUGAACUUUCGACUUGUUAAACUUUACUCCAAACUUUUCUGCUCUUCUCAUCACCUCUUUUAGGAUUCUAUCAUGUUCCUCUACAGAAUUGCCUGCAAUUACGAAAUCAUCAAAAUAGAUUCCUAUGGGCAAAUCUCCAAACAGUUUCUCAUUCAUACGCUGAAAUACUUCAGGGCUUACAUUAAGCCCAAACGGCAACCUAUUGAAACAAAAUUUUCCAAACGGUGUUAUGAAAGUACAAAGUUUCCUACUAUCAGAAUCAAGUGGAACAUGAUAGAACCCCUCUUUCAAAUCAAGUACCGUGUAAAUUUUUUUAUCUUUUAGUUUUAAUGCCAACUCAUCCACUGUAGGUAUUGGAAAUUGGUCCAAACACACAUAUUUAUUUAAAAACAUUGGGUCAAGACAAAUGCGUAGGGCCCCUGAUGGUUUUUCUACUAUUACAAUAUUAUUAACCCAUUCAGUGGGUCCCUCAACUUUUGAAAUAAUUCCUCUAGCUUCUAAGUCAAUUAAAGCUUCUUUAAGUCUUGGUUUUAUUGCCUCAGGAACCCUCCUGCAUCCACUACUUACAGGUUGAGCCUUUUUUUCUAAAACAAUCCUAUAUUUGAAAGGAAUCUUACCCGUUCCUUCAAAAACAUCAUUAUAUUUUUUAAUGAACAAUUCUUUUUCCUUAUCUAAACUUACAGUGUCUACCAAAGAGUCCAUCUUUUUAAUUAACCCUGUUUUGACACAAGCUCUUAACCCUAAAAUUGGCAUUGUAUUAUUGCUAUCUAUAACAAUAAACUUUAUCUUAUAAUUAACAUUUUUUACUAGGCAGUCUAAAACAAUAAAACCCAAGGCUUGAACUUUGUUAUUGCCAUAAGUGUUUAGUGAUAAAGUAUCUCUAACAAUUUGAUCUGCUACAUUUAACUUUUCAAUAAAAAAUAAUGGAAGGCAAUUGCAAUUUGCCCCUGUAUCGAGCUUGAAUAUUAUAAAUUCAUUAUUAAUCAAGAUAUCAACAGACCAAAAGUCUUUAUUAUGUCUGGAGGAGUGUCCAAACUUACCUACACUGUCCAAAACAAUGGAAUCGAUGUAGGGAGCGUUUCCACUGUCGUCUGAGUCAGAAUCAUGAUGGACAACUUCUUGAACAGUCUUCUUUUUUUUGUUUAUAAUCAUGAGGAGCAUUUUGACGAUUUUUGUUUCUUGCUUGCUUAUUUUUGCAUCCUACAGCAAAGUGAUUCAGGGAUCCACAACUUGCACAACUUUUUCCAAAAGCUGGACAUUGUCUAGGUCCAUGCUUCCUACCACAUUUAAAACAGUCAUAAAAACUAGUGCUUUGACUACCAGUAGCAUUUUCCUUUCUGAAUUUAAAUGAAUCCACUUGUUCGUUUCCUCUAAUGCCUUUCAUUUGUAAUUUACUGAGCUCUGCUGCUCGACAUUCAGAUUCUGCCCUUUUGAGCGUUAAAUUUCCAGUACGUAGCAGCCUUUCUUGCAGAUCCAUAUCUCGAACGCCACUGACAAUUCUGUCUCUUACUAAACUGUCUUCCAGUGUGGUAAAGUUGCAAUUUUUUGCCAGUAUUUUAACGUCUGUUAAAAAAUGGUCGAAUUCUUCAUCUUCUUCCUGAAUUCUUUUAAAAAAUUUAAACCUAUCAUAGGUUUCAUUUCGUAGAGGUUUGCAGUGAACUUCAAAUGCCUCAACCACAGUAUUAUAAACUUUUCUUUGAGCCUCUGUCAACUUUAAGGUUGCAAAAAUAUCCUGCGCCUCGUCUCCCGCCACAUUAAGGAAAAUUGCAACUUUGGUUUCCUCAUCUUUUGCAUCAAACCCAGACGCCUUCAUAUAUAUAUUAAAACUGCUUAUAAAUUUCUCAAAAUUUUUUGCAAUGUUGGCAUCAAACACCAACGACUUAGGUGGCUUAAAGUUACCUGCCAUUUUUUGCUGACUUUCUUCACAAUUUCGCUGAAUUUCGCACUUCCUCUAGCUCCUUCUUAUUUCAGUUUUCUAACCUGACACCAUGUUACAUGCUUACACAGCAGGUACAACGCAGGUUAUUUAAUAAACACUAUAUUACUUUUAAAUGAACUUUAUUAUUUUAUUCUGGUUUAUUUAUUAUCAAUCCAGCACCCUCCAGCCUGUGUGUGUUGGAGUGCGUCCUGCUCGGCAUCAGCUGUCUUGUGUCAGUGACGUAACCACUGAUGAUCCCACAUUCAAAACACACAGGACCAGCUUUAUGUUACACUUCACCUUCGCCACGGUGUCGUGAAUUUCGAUUGAGUGCUUUCAUACUUUCGUCACGGUACCGCUUGUCGACGUUCCGCAUCGUGACGAGUUUGGGCGUUGGCUUUCUUCAAAGGCGCCUUACGGCGUCGGUUCUUGGGCGUCGGUUUCGAGACGGCGCCUUCACCAAAUAUGUCACAACUACCCACUUUACGGGGUGACAUGGAGGGGGUUUGCAGCUUUGGGGGUUGAUAGAGAGAAACUCGCUCAAGUUAUAUAAAAGUGUAGAUAGGUAUAUAUUUUCUCAAAUAUGCCUUUAUAUGUAGACUUGUUCUAUAAGAUGCAUGACCCUCUUCGAACACUGGGGCCCUUAUCGGGAGCCAUACGUCAACGCUGCUUGGGGGACUGUCGAUUAGUUAUCGUCACCCAGAGGGGUUUUUCCAACGAGAGAUUAUUGCACUGGACAACGAUAAGGCUGCAGAUACCCAGAGGGGCUUUCCCAACGAGAGGUACGUGCACUAGGGAGACUUAAUUCCAGAGGGGCUUUCCCAAAGAGAGAUAGCUGCACUGGUUUAAGUCUGCCUUUGCUGCGGCUUGCAGCGUAAUUUAUAUUCGUUUAUUGCUGAAUUGCAAUAACCAUCCGACCGAAUCGGCAAUUAAACUAAUAAGGUUGAAUACCGGGUCCUCCUUUCCUAAGCAGCUAGUUGACAAUAUUUGCCAUUAUUCCUAACCUUGUCAAGAAUUGAAAAAAUUUCCAGAAU